GGUCCGGUCACGAUCCAAGGGACCCCCGGGGUCUGCAGGCCUUUGCAGCGAGUACGGUCUCUGCGCACCUCCGCCACCUGCUGCCCAGUGUGGCUUCUGUUGAGGAAAACAGGGAAGUUCUUCAACCUGCUUGGAUUCUACCUUUAACCCUUGGGAGUAUUCUCUAACACAUCCAAAAUACCAUCCAGACCCAAGAAACCAAGGUCCAAAACUAGGUCAAGAUGGGAUUUAUAUUUUCAAAAUCCAUGAGUGAAAACAUGAAAAACCAACAGGAGUUUAUGCUUAUGAAUGCUCGACUCCAGCUGGAAAGGCAGCUAAUGAUGCAGAAUGAAAUGAGAGAAAGACAAAUGGCCUUGCAGAUUGCUUGGUCUCGGGAAUUCCUUAAAUAUUUUGGAACAUUUUUUGGCAUUGCAGCCAUCUCUUUAACAGCUGGAGCAAUAAGAAGGAAGAAGCCAGCCUUCCUCUUCCCUAUUAUUCCAUUAAGCUUUGUGUUCACCUACCAGUAUGACUUAGGAUAUGGAACCCUUCUACAAAGAAUGAAAGGUGAAGCUGAGAACAUACUGGAAACAGAAAAGAGUAAGUUGCAGCUGCCAAGAGGCACGAUCACUUUCGAAAACCUUGAAAAAGCCAGAAAGGAACAGAGUAAAUUCUCCACAGAAAAAUGAAAUCAUGUUUACCCAUCAAAUCUCAAAACACAUAAUUGUUGACUUGAAUCAUGGUUUUUACAACUUUUUAGAUGCUUGAGAUUUUGAUAUGAUUAUUUUAUUUUAAAAUAUAAAAAUGCAAGAUGGGUUUUGUUAAACUAUUU